AUGCAUAUUGAAAGCAGCAGCAAACAAAAGGCAAGCAGCGACACACAUGCUGCAGCAGGAACAGCCACUGGCGCUGCAGCAGCAGCUGCUGCCGCAGCAACUGCAGCAGCAACUGCAGCAGCGACGGCUGCAGCGACUGCGGCUGCAGCUGCUGUUGCUGCAGCUGCUGCAAGCCCGCUCUGCACACCCAGCAAGCUUCCGCAACGGCAGCAGCAGUUGCAGCAGCAGCUGCAGCAGCAUCUGCAGCAGCAGCUGCAGCAGCAGCUGCAGCAGCAGCUGCUCUCCAUUGAAUGCAGCAAAGGGCUGACACCAGCAAGUUGCACUAAAGGUUUCCUGCACAACUACCGGCAGCAGCAGCAGCAGAAACAGAAACAGCAGCAGCAACAGCAGCGGCAAAAAGAGAAGCAGCAGCUGCUGCAGCUGCAGCAGCUGCAGCAGCUGCAGCAGCAGCAACGACAGCAACUGCUGCAGGAGGAGUUGUGGGACAUUCUGGCUGUUUCUGCUGCGCCUAAAGGAAUCGAAGCAGCAGCAAAAGCUUUUCCUGCGAGCUCUGGUGCAGCGCUGUGCCACAGCAGAGGCGGCAGCAGCAGAAACAGAAGCAGCAGCAGCAGCAGCAAAGAAGCAGCAACAACAGCAUCUGCUGCAUCGAAGCAAGCUCUCGGAAGCAACUGUCGCGGCGGAAAUGAAAAAAGCAAACAUAAGAGCCAGCAGCAGCAGGGACAGGAGGGAGAGCAGCAGCAGCAGCAACAACAGCAGCAACAGCAGCAGAAGCCCCGGCGGCAGCUGCAGAAAGACUGUCGGCUGCCGAAGGCAGCAAGUAGUAGCCAGAAGACGGCAUAUGUGUCACACAAAGAUGCAGCAGCAACAGCAGCAGCAGCAACUGCAGCGCCAGAGCAGCAGCAGCAGCGGCAGCAGCAGCAGCAGGAGCUGCAAGGCCUCGCUGCUCUUCAGCACAAGAGGCAAGACGGAGACGUAUCUCCUGUUUUCUUGCUGCAGCGAGACAGCGACGCAGCAGCAGCAGCAGCAGCAGCAGGAGAGUCCGGCGCGUCCACGGCUGCAGCGGCUAGCAGCAGCAGAAGCAGGGCCAGACGGUCCAGCAGCAACAGCAGCAGCGGUAACUACAGCAGCAGCAGCAGCAGCAGCAGCAGGGGGCGGCUCGUUCCCGUGGGCGCUGCUGCCUGA